UUGUUUGCGAGUUAUGUGUGGAAGAGCUGGAGAGGGAUCGUGAGGAGUUCUGGGGUGUUGGUUUGAUGAUGAGUGGUGUAGUUGCGGGGUGUCGUUCAUACGAAAUAGAGAUCGAUGCUGCCAUUGCAUAGACAUAUAGCAUAUCUUAGUACCGGGACAGAAAUAGCCUAGACACUGGUCCCCUCCACCAAUUCUCACAGCAUCCCAAACACCAAUUGUGCAUGCUUGCGAGGAUCCAUCCACCAAUAACAUCCCCUUCUACAUUCUAGAAGCCUCGUUCAAUGAUGACUGUAGUUCAACAGACCUGUGACGACAGAGAACUCGAUGCUCUGUUUCCCUCCCCAUCUGCCCCGCCGAGUGUGCUUUCCCCUCCACGAUACCCUGGAAUUUCCCCAGAAGCAGUCGCAGCUUUGACAUACGUCUUGAAGGACAACCAUACCAAGUACCACAUUUUCUUCAACAACAUGCGAUUACAUAACCAUAUCGCUCAUCGCACGCUGGCACUAUAUGCCGCGGGUGCGAGUGGAUCCCUGAUCGAACAGUUCUAUGAGGAAGACGGCUCCUAUCAGCGCCCAGUUGUCGAGCCCCCCGAGGCAAUCACGGAAGCGAACUUCAUGGAACAUCUAGGUGAUGAGAAAUUUUACGCCGCGUACAUAACCUUCUUCAGUAAGGUUGUCAAGGAAAAGGGCGUCAGCGCCACGCUGGAGGAAUAUAUCUUCUGUAAAAAGUACAAUUUUGUAGAAGGACGAGAUGCAUCUACCCAGCCGGUGAUGUUGGCCCGCUUCCUUGGAGCGUUGUUCCACCCCUUCAUCCAUGUAGGAUACGGCGUGGAAUUUGGCAUCCCAGGCAUAGUUGUUGAAGGUCUCGCAUUGACCAGCGUGUCUAAGCAUGACUUCUUGCCGUUGUAUCUUUUCGAGCCUAGCAGCACGACUGCAGUGGAGGAGACAACCACUCGGCUUGCCUCGCUUGCCCUUAAUACAAAGAUAUCUAUUGCACCCUCUCAGCUCGAACAACCGCGGAAAGGACAUGCGUUUUCCAUUCUUGCCAAGAUCAUGGAAGAUUCGGAAUUCGCACCGAAGGAAAUCAAGAAGUACUUGAAGACAGAUGUUAACCGCCUGAUGUCUGAGCACGGUGCUACUAUAUGGCGCUACGCUGAACAGUGGACGAUCGACCCGUCACAGCCAGGGGAAAUCGAACGUAAGAUAGAGGAAUGCAUUUGGACCAGCACUCUUCUCUACGCUAUUGGCGGAUGGAACAAAGACAGAGGCUUAGCAGCAGACUUCUUCUUUAUGCAUUUCGUCACCGCAAGUCUCUUCCUUCCAUCCCUGUUGCCUUACCUGCCACCAAACUCGCAAGUUCUCUUUCUUCACGGAUACUUUGCAUCGACCCUUGCGUGGUGGAUCACACGCGGCUUCCCUCGACUGCACAUUCAAGACUUCCUCAGCGCCACCUCACAUCUUUCAUCAGAGGUCAAAGUCGCCAAUCCAUUCCUCGACAUUGUUCAAUCUGCAAUAACGCACCCAAACGAGCAUCUGCCGAAGGUUCAGCGCGCCUUGGCGCAUUUCUCCUCUCUUUAUGGCGCACGACCCAAGGGCUACUUCAAGGGUACGGAACUGGAUGGCGCAGAAGGACUGGAUGGAUCGCUCUUUUUUACGGCCGCGAGAUUGACUGAGGAGUGCAUGAGCGAGGGUACGAGAUCGACUGAGGAGUACUUGAGCGAGGGUACGAGUCCCUGGAGCUAUGCAGGUUUUCCUGCAAGCGAUUAGGAGUGAUCGAAGGAUUCGAGAUGUAGUGAAUACCACUUAGCCAAUGACAGCAAUUCGAUUUUUCUUCUCAAAUGUAUUGAUUGUGCGACAUUACCACAGAAUCCAGAUACACAGCAACAGUACUAAUA